AUGCUCAAUCUCUCCUUUCUUGACCUCUUCGUAAUCCAGCGCACAAAUAAUAACAUCCGCGACACAAGCCAUGGAUCGACCAAACUGAAGCAGCGCAUGUUCCUCGAGUCGCCACCGGCCGAGAAGCUGAACGGCAAAGUUCUGGUCAACCCGCUGGUGGAACGUCACAGCUUCACCCUGUCUCGAAUUGUCGCGAAGUACAAGCAAUCGGACUUGCAACACCGCUCAUGGCACGUCGAGCCGUACAGCCUUCGCGAACCGCAGCGAGAAGUCCAGAAAAACAACAUGUACUUCACAUCCCCAGGAGCGCUCCAGACUGGGAACAACAACAUCAGAGUAGUAGUGAAGCGUAGCGGAUCAGAGAAGUUAGAUGAGAGGAAAGAUUUACAGCUACCGCUACCAGUCGUCAAGCAUGAUAACUACAGCUCGUGGCGUCGCAUGCACAUAACACUGCCACCGAACGUCAUGUUCUCGACCGACCUUCUUUGGGAGCGAAAGCGGUUCGAUUCUUCAAGUCUGCAACAGGCCAUGUUCCUUCUGGUGAAGCCAGAUGCAUCAAGCAGCCCCUUCGAGUCGAGAGCAAUCAUCAACCCUCUGCUGUCCCAGAUUAUCAUCGCACCAAGCGAGGUCUUCGACCAGGCCGAUGGCCUCUACUUCAGUCAAGCCUCUCUAACCCACGGCGAUGUUCAAAACAAGACCCUCGACCUCUUCAUUUGCUCAGAAACCAAGGCAUGGAAACCGUGGUUGCGCCGACUCAGUAGCGCAUCACUGGACGUCUCUUGGAAACGAAUGCUGAUCUCGCAACCACCGCCAUCAAACUUCUCCACCAAGCUCCAUGCUCAGCCGCGCUUUUCCAAAGAAAAGAAGAAGAAAGUCGAGGUGAGCUUCACAACAACUCAUGGCAGGUAUCUUGGCAACGGCUGCACUCUAGGCGAGGUGUUCAAUAAGCUGGAUCAAAGCUAUGGGAAGUUUUUGGAUAAGUGUAAGAGAAACAAACAGGUCAAUCGAAGGGAUCUGAGGAUGGGAAGAAAGGGAGCGGGCAAGAAUUGGAAUUGGACUGCGGAUCAUGUGGAUGUCUUUCCGGGGACUGGGAGGGUGAGAGGGAGUGCGGUUAUCGAUCGAACGACACAAACGUGCGCAGCAUCCGAAUCACCCACAGUCACGAUUUCUAUCAUGGCGCCUUUGACAGCGGCAUGUGGCGUAGAGAGCGAAGAAAAUGAGACAUCCUCCAAGGCAUACCACAAAGUCGUCCACACCACCGAGGUGCUCGAGCAGAUCCUGCUGAACCUGGACUGCAUCACUCUGUACGGAAUUCAGCGUGUCUGCAGAGCAUUCCGAAGCACGAGCCAAGGAUCGAAGAAACUCAGGCAAGAAAUGUUCUUGGAAGCAGAAACGGAGCAGAAAGCAGGAGACAGCGGCAAAGCCAUCAAUAUCAAUCCGCUCAUCGUGCGAGGCGUCCUUACUCCAACGAGAGCUCUUCACGUCGGAGGCCAGGUCGAUGGAAUUCAAUUCGGCUACUGGGAUCGACAUGAGGAGGCAUAUCCUAUCCUCAUGAUGUAUCUGGUUUCGGAGGAGUCAAACUGGGAUAUGCGUAUGGACCAUGUCUCCAAUUCCCCAGAAGCAUCAUGGCGGCGCAUGUUCAUCUCACAGCCGCCGCGCUCCAACUUCCGUACAGAUUUGACGGCGAAUGCGACAUAUUGGGCAUCUCGCGAGUUGGGACUUCAAUUGUGGGAGAGGACUUCUCAGCUGCAUCCUGGACGGAGUCUGGGAGCAGUCUUCGCCGUUGUGGAUAGGGAGUACGAAGAAUUUCUGCCUGUCUUGGAAGACAUCAGGGACGCGCAGAAGAAGGCCGGAAGUUCUUGA